UUGGUAAAUGACGUACCUCUUUCAGUCGUUUUUGGAUGGUUGUGUGUCUUUACUGCUCUAGUGAAAUUAGUACUGCUACAAUCCUGGAUCUCCUUUCUUUAUUUCGAGUCGUUCCUUAAAAUUUUCACCAUUCCGCCAUUAAAUUUUUCAGAAGUCCACGGGUGGGAAGCUUCUCAUCAGGGAAGGCUUGCCUUCGCAUACCUUGCAGUUUUCCUUUUGACAUACGAGUGUGAGGGUGGUCCACCUUGGGAUACCAGCUGACUAGGUCUAAUAAGCUGAGUGUAAGCCAUAUUUGAAGCAUUUCCUGGAAUCUUCCAUUUUGUUCUUCAGUAUUUUUGCAUUUUUAUCUUGAUAGUCAAUUUCAACUAAGUGCUAAAAUGAAAUCUCCCGUUGGAAAUCCAUCAGUUCAAAUCGUUACUAAGAAAACUGUUUUUGAUCUUGUGGAUGACAUAAUCCAUCGCACAGACCAAGAAGAACCAUUCCUUAUUGCGGACCUUGCUGACAUUGUCUACAAAUAUAAGCUAUGGAAACUGAAAAUGCCAAGAAUUCAACCUUUCUAUGCUGUAAAGUGUAAUGAUGCUCCUGAAGUUCUUCACCUUCUUUCUGCUUUGGGUACUGGAUUUGAUUGCGCGAGCAAGGCUGAAAUUGAAAAUGUACUGAGCAUUGGAGUGGAACCCGAACGAAUCAUCUAUGCCAAUCCCUGCAAGACCCGUUCUUUCAUCAAACAUGCAGCUGGAGUGGGUGUUGAUCUCAUGACAUUUGAUAAUGAAAUGGAAUUGCAUAAAGUUAAAAUCCUUCAUCCAGAUGCAAAGCUUGUCAUUCGUAUCCGAGUGGAUGACAGCAGUGCUCUUUGCAGACUAGGGUUGAAGUUUGGCUGUGAUAUGGAGGAUGUGCCUCAUCUCCUCGAAGUCGCAAAAGCCCUCUGCUUGAAUGUUGUCGGCGUAAGCUUUCACGUAGGCAGUGGGUGCCAGGACUCUUCAGCUUAUAGAUCUGCUAUUGAAUCCUCCAGGCAUGUAUUUGACAUUGCUUCCAGCUACGGAUUUAACAUGGAUCUCCUGGACAUCGGAGGUGGUUUCCCUGGAUUCAAAGGACCAUUCAUAUCAUUUGAUGAGAUUGCCAAUGUUGUAAACCAGUCUUUGGAAGAGCACUUUCCAUCAGAUUGCGGUGUUAACAUAAUCGCCGAACCUGGUAGAUAUUUCGUUGCCUCUGCCUUCACUUUGUGUGCCAACAUCAUUGCCAAAAGAGAAGUCAUUGAUGAAGAUACUAAUGAGCCCUGCUGCAUGUAUUAUGUUAAUGAUGGUGUUUAUGGUUCUUUCAACUGCUUAAUAUUUGACCAUGCUGAAGUGCAACCUGUACCACUUGUGGAUUUGACUGGUCGCCAAGUACUAAAAAGCAGUGUGUGGGGUCCCACCUGUGACAGCAUGGAUCGUAUUCUGGAAACCUGCAAUCUGCCAUCCAUGAAUGUGGGAGAAUGGCUGAUGUUUGAAAACAUGGGAGCUUAUACAGUGUGUGCUGCUUCCACCUUCAACGGCUUCCAGAAGCCCGCAAUCAAGAGUAUUCUGCCUGAACAUGUUCUUAACUAUCUCCAAACUCUCCCUACCUGGCCCACCAUCUUGGAAGCAUUCGGAGAUCAAGUGUUAGACUACUCCAACGCCAACUUGCCCGCCAAUCGAGAAAGCCUUGACAACGGCUCAUCCGAUAUCUGUCUCUUGCCCCAUCCAGAAUCCGUGUCCGCCUGACUAGCGCCGCCCCCGCAUCUCUGUUCUUGUGUCGCCACUUCUUUUUUUAGAAACAUAUGCUCGCCUCCCUUGUGUUCUGUUAGGUAAUAUUUAAGGAUAAGGUAGAGUUGCCAUAGUUCAUAAAAAAAUUGGGGGGACCAGUAAUAUUCAUCCUUCCUUAGUAAGGCAACAUACCUUGUCGUUUUUUUUUUUUUUAAAGGUUGUUUUUCAAGAAUUUACUCAGUUCAUACAUCAAACUCUAAGUUUACUCAUCAUAGCUUUUAUUAAAUGUUACUUAUGGUAAUUCUACUCUUUUUUUCUCCUUUAAAUUCUAUUUAUUAUUUUCUAAGGCAACAAGAACAUAUUUUUCAGUUUGAACUGCCAUUUUAAAAUGUAUCUCAUGUCUUUAUUUUUCUUCAUCCUUAUGUGAUUUGGGUGGUGGGUCUCUUUGAUGUGUCAAUCUUCGUGCCGUAAAUUAAAUGGAGAGUGAUUCAGGAGUUUACAGCUAAGCUAAAUAAAUUGUUAUUGGCGUUUUAGUACUCAGUUUCUACAUUUUGUUUGUCAGAACUGUAAUAAUUUUUGAUAACAUAUUUCUUAUGUAGCUGUUGAUGCUAGGACCUAUAGCAUGUUGAAUAACGACAUUCCAUAUUCACUUUCUACUCUUCUUUGUGCUGGAAGAUAUUAUGUUUGCUUCUUUGAGGGAAUUGAAAUUUAAUUUGGAAGUUUCCAGGAAAUGUUUCCUCGACAAAUGUGGCUGGCACAAACUGCUUAUUGUUUUUCGAGUAACUUGUACAUUGUUUAAAUAUUUUAUGUGUAUUUAUAAUGCUUCAUACUUUGUUCAGUACUUUACUAAACUAAAUAAAAGUAUGAAACUCUA